UUUAAUGUAAUACUUAUCAAACAUAUCAAAUAAUGAGUUCCACAUGUGGAAUGAUCAUUAAAUUAUGGUUUAAAAUAAAAAUGACAUACCAAACAUCGUAAUCAAAUCAACAUGUAAUGCUCAUUACAUUACAUUACAUGAUUGAAACAUGGCCUAAAGGUUUAAAGAAAAGGAGUUGUAUACUAGUAUCAAAGGAGGGAGUAGUUGGGGAAAACACGACCCCCGAGCUCUUCCAGGAUCACCAGCUCAAAGGACUCUUGUACAUUUACCCACCCACUCGUAACACAAAGAUUCAAUUUUACAAUAUCACUUUGUAUUAUACAAUUGAAAUGUACAAGAGAUAUUUUACAAGUAAAUGGGUAGCUCACAUCACUCUUUGUAUGAGACUACUUCACUCUCACAUCCCUCUCUAUAGGAGGCCUUCACUAACUCAAUAGCCCUCCUCAAGGAUCUCUCUCUCAUCACUUGAGGAGGCUCUCUCUAGCCUCUCACUCUAGGACCUCUUC